UGUUCCCCACAGCGUGGAAAGGCCUCUGCUAAAUUCCGUCGAUUUUAAAGGCGACGUCAAUGCCACGCAUUUGUCCCUUGGCGGUCAUAAAACCGCGACAAAACAAGAAACAAAUCGCUUUGCUCAACAUUUAGGAGGGAAGAUUUUUCACCCGUACUCUUUCGCCGGCACCGCUUUUGCCAAAAUAUCCCUCAGAAUUUAUUUAUUUUAAUCAAACUAUUUCCGUUCGCCAUUGCAAAAACUGUUUUCGGGGUUUUUUGCGGACUUCUGAGGAUAUUGGAAGAUGACAAGGUGAUUCGGAGCCCUUGCAAUAGCAGGCGACAUUGUCACAAUGUUCGAAGCUCACGUUUUGCAUUUACUUCGCAAAUAUCUGGGAGAAUAUGUGCACGGUCUUUCAAACGAAGCUCUUAAAAUCAGCGUUUGGAAAGGCGAUGUUGUCUUAAAAGACUUGCAGCUAAAGGCAGAGGCUUUGAACUCACUGAAGUUGCCUAUUACAGUCAAAGCAGGAUUCCUGGGUUCUGUGACACUUAAGGUUCCUUGGAAGAGCCUUGGAAAAGAGCCAGUUGUUGUUCUUAUUGACCGUGUUUUUGUACUUGCUGAACCUGCACAAGAUGAUUACUCUUUCACGGAGCAAGAUAAAGAAAGACUUUUUGAAGCGAAACGCCAUCAAAUUGAGAAAGCGGAGAUGGCUAUGCUUGAGGCAAAGGAUAAGAAAAAGGCAAAAGUGGAAAGUUCCCCAGAAACAAAUUCAUGGAUAGGUUCUCUUAUUGCAACCAUUGUUGGGAAUUUAAAAGUUUCUAUCAGCAAUGUUCACAUACGAUAUGAAGACCAAGUGAGCAACCCUGGACAUCCAUUUUCUUCUGGCAUUACAUUGGCAAAGCUUGCUGCUGUGACAACUGAUGAGCAUGGCGUGGAAACAUUUGACACUAGUGGAGCAUUAGAUAGGCUACGCAAGUCAUUGCAGCUACAGAGUUUUGCAGUUUACCAUGAUUCCAAUUGUGUUGCAUGGAAGGUGCAUAAGGGUUGGGGGGAAUUGUCUGCUGAUGAAUGGAGUGAGAUGUUUGAAGCUGGCAUUCAAGAAUCAAAAAAUGAAAAUGGGCAGUAUCUAUCACAAUGGGCUGUAGGGCGCCAGUACUUGCUCUGCCCGGUUAAUGGAACUCUCCAGUAUUAUCGUUUUGGGAAGCAAGAGAAGCGAGAUCCAAGUGUUCCCUCUCAGAAAAUGUCUCUUAUUCUAAAUGAUGUUUCUUUGACUGUCUCAGAGGCUCAGUAUUGUGAUGGCAUGAAAUUAUUGGAAGGGAUUUCAAGGUAUCGAACACGUAUUGAGGUCUCACAUUUCAGGCCCUUGGUCUCAGUGAGUGAAAAUGUUCAAGCUUGGUGGCACUAUGCUUGUCAAGCUAGCCUACAUCAACAAAACAAAAUGUGGUACCGCCUAUCAUGGGAGAAUGUUCGUCGUCUCUGUCAUCUUCGUAGAAAGUAUGUUCAACUGUAUGCAAGUUUUUUGCAACAAGUACCAAGAGUGGAAAACGGAGAAAUCAAAGAAAUUGAGAAGGAACUUGAUGCGAAGGUUAUCAUUCUUUGGAGGCUGCUUGCUCAUGCCAGAGUAGAGAGUGCACGGUCAAAGGAAGCAGCAUUAGAACGGGAACGUGCAAGGAAAUCAAGCUGGUGGUCUUUUGGAUGGGGAACCACAACAGCAGACUCAAAGCAAUCUAUUUCUUCUGAAAGAUUUGAAAGCGCACAUGGUACACCAGGUCCUGGAAGGUUAACAAAAGAGGAAUGGAAUAAGCUUAAUGAACUACUAAGCUAUGAUCCUGCAGAAGACUUCUCUGUGCUUUCCGAUAAGGAGCCUCCUACCAUGGUACAGGUUUCUCUGGAUGCCAUGAUCAGACAGAGUGCUGCUCGCAUUGUAAAUAAUCAAAAAAUAGAAAUCAUGUGUGGGAAGUUUGAGAAUCUUCAAGUUGGUCUUAGGCUUUAUCCCAAGAGCAUUCAUUGUGAUGUAAAACUUAAGUACUAUGGCCUUUCUGCUCCUGAAGGAUCUCUUAUACAGAGUGUGAGUAGUGAAAAGAAAGAGUAUGCACUGGCAACUGCAUUUGUUUACCAUCCCAUCGGAGAAACCAUAGACUGGAAACUAUCCGCAACUAUGGCUCCUUGUCAUGUCACGAUUUGGAUGACAAGCUUUGAACGGUGUUCACAAUUCCUGAAAAGGAGCAAUUCUGUGAGUCCUGAGGUAGCACUAGAGACUGCAACAGCCUUGCAGAUGAAAUUGGAGCAAGUAACUCGCCGAGCUCAAGAACAAUUUCAGCUUGUAUUAGAAGAGCAAAGCAGGUUUUCUCUUGACAUUGAUCUGGAUGCCCCAAAAGUGAGAUUGCCAUUUGAGAGAAUAGAUUGCUCUGGAAGCUGCAGCCAGCUGCUGAUAGAUUUUGGUCAUUUUACCUUGUGCACGGGGAAGGAAGAUGAAGUUGAUUUCCAGAGAGCGAGUCUUUAUUCUCGCUUUUAUAUAUCAGGAAGAGACAUUUCUGCCUUUUUUGCCGAUGGAAAUUUUGAUUGGGCAAACCUUACUCAACCUUCUUUAGACUCUGCAUAUAUCAUGGAUAAGCAUGAUGAAAAUCUGAUAGCUAAACAGCCUUCUAAAUUGUUUCCGAUUCUUGAUAAGUGUGGCACAUCCGUUGUUAUUGACCAGAUCAAACUUCAGCAUCCAAGCUACCCAUCAACACGAAUUUCAAUUCAAGUGCCAAACCUUGGGCUUCACUUUUCAGCAGCAAGAUAUAGUAGGAUUAUGAAUUUAUUAGUGAUGUUCGAUGAGAAAGGUGGAAGAAAUGAUGAAAUGGCUGGAACAAAUUAUGGAAUGGGACUCAGAUCUUGGCACCCGACAGAUCUUGCAGGCGAUGCCAGGGUUCUCUUUUGGGGGGGAAUUGGUAAUUCUGUUGCAGAAUGGCAACCUUGUUGGUUAGUACUUGCUGGUUCAUACUUGUAUAUCUUGGAGUCCAAAACUUCUCAAACAUAUCAGCGGUCUUGCAGUAUGAGUGCCAAACAAGUAUCAGAGAUACCUGCUACAAGUCUUGGAGGAUCAGAAUUUUCUCUGGCUAUAAGCAACAGGGGUUUCGAUCUCCAAAAGGCACUGGAAUCGUCUAGCACAGUGAUUUUGCAGUUUAAAGAUGACAGUGCAAAGGCAGAAUGGAUGAAGUCUCUUGUCCGAGCUACAUAUAAAGCAUCUGCUCCUCCAUCUAUAUGUGUCCCUGGAGAUCUAAGUAGUGAUGAAUCUGAAGAUGAAAUUUCUCAACCAGCAGUCCUAUCAGAGAUGGCAAAUUUGUUUGUUAUUGGUUCUCUGAUAGAAUUGAAGCUUCUUAUCUAUGGAAAGGGUGAAGAAGAAAGUGAUAGUUUUAGUGAAGAGAGAAUGCUUUUGGAACUUUGUGCUGAUGGAGGCAAGGUGACCCUUACACAACGGGAGAAUGAUUUGACUUUGGGAAUGAAAUUGCAUUCUUUAAAGAUUGAAGAUAAGCUUCAAGGGCACGUGUCUUCAACAUGCAAGUAUCUUGCACGUUCUGUGUUGAAGAAUGAUGAUCAAAAUACAGUUGAUGAAGAUGUUGAAAAAUAUAGCCCAGAAUCAGUAACAAAGAUUUUAGAUGAAGAUGAUUAUUUUAAAGAUGCGUUGUCAGAUUUCAGUGGCUCUUGUGAUAAUCUUUCUGUCAUGCCAAGCAACUUAAGUUCUUUGUAUGAUUCCCCAAGGGAUUCCUCAUGUGACUUUGAAACCACAGUAAUUAAUACCAAAGCUGAUCUUUCCAGUGGGGCUUUAACCCUAGGAGAAGUGCAAGGUGAUGAGAAAGAUUCAGUUGAUUUUAUAAGUGUUACAUUUGUUACUAGGCAGCCUGAUUCUCCUGCCUAUGAUGGAACAGACACCCAGAUGAGCAUUUGCAUGACAAAACUUGAUUUUUUCUGCAAUAGGUCUACUGUUGUUGCAUUAAUUGAUUUUGGCAUGGAUUUGAGUGAGUUGAUGGAGCGCUUAUAUGAUAAUGCACCUUCGCAGAAUGAUAUUAUUGGAAAUGUACCAGUGCCAAGUGAAAACAUAGAAGAUGUUGAACGUGUAUUAGUUAAAGGAUUAUUGGGAAAUGGAAAAUCUAGAGUUGUGUUUCAGCUGAAGAUGAAUGUUGAUAGUGUUUGUAUUUUCUUAAAUAAAGAGGAUGGCUCUCAGUUGGCUAUGUUGGUGCAAGAAAGGUUUCAGAUGGAUUUGAAAGUACAUCCAAGUUCUAUUUCCAUUGAGGGUAUGCUAGGGAACCUGAAGAUAUGUGAUAUGUCCCUUGGCCCAGAACACUGGUGGGGAUGGCUUUGUGACAUACGUGAUCCAGGUUCUGAUUCGCUUGUUAAGUGGAAGUUCCAGUCUUUCAGUAGAGACGAGGAUGAUUUCCAUGGCUAUGAUUACAGUCUUAGUGGGAGACUGUCAGCUGUACGAAUUGUGUUUCUAUACAGGUUCAUUCAGGAGGUAACUGCCUAUUUUAUGGGUUUGGCAACUCCACAAGCUCAGCAAGCUAUUCGAGUUGUAGAUAAAGUUAGAGGAGUUGAAUGGCUUAUUCAACAAUCAGAAAUGGAAGGGUCACCUGCUGUAAAACUGGAUGUGUCAUUGGAUACUCCUAUUAUUAUCAUGCCACACAAUUCCAUGAGCAAAGAUUUCAUGCAGCUAGAUCUAGGUCAUCUUCAAGUGUCAAACAAGUUUGAAUGGCAUGGUUGUAAGGAAACAGAUCCAUCUGCUGUGCAUCUUGAUGUUAUUCAAGCUGAGAUAUCAGGCAUCAAUAUGGUUGUUGGAGUUGAUGGGCAACCAGGGAAAUCUAUGAUACAAGAAGCUUCUGGACUGCGUAUUAAAGUGUGUCGGUCUCUGCGGGAUGUUUUUAGAAAAGUUCCAGAAGUGGCUGUUGACAUACAGGUUGACUUGCUGCAUGGGGUAAUGUCUGACAAGGAGUACAUGGUUAUCAUAGACUGUGCUUCAUCGAAUCUAUCUGAAGUUGCAAAUCUUCCACCUUAUGUGAGAGAAAUUCCAGAAGGGAAAUUGAGUGUACUACAAGUGGAAAAACCUAGUGAACAAGUUGAACCAAAUCAGAGCACUGCAUCUCAUGAAGAUCAGGAGACCAGCCAAGAUGGUUUAUCCCAUACAUUGUUACUGGUGACAGUUGAAAUCCAAAAUGUUUCAAUGGAGUUAUAUAAUGGAAUUGAUCGGGAGUCCCCUCUUGCUCGCAUGGAUCUGCAAGGACUCUGGGUUGCUUACAGGACUUCCUCAAUUUCAGAAAUAGAUCUUUAUGUCACACUUCCCACAUUGUCAGUCAUGGAUCUGCGGCCAAGCACAAAGCCAGAAAUGCGAUUAAUGCUUGGAUCAAUGGCAGAUGUUGAGAAAAAUGAAAUCCAUAAUGAUUCUGGGUUGCCAACAGAGUAUGAAAUCCCAAAAUUGACCAUGCUAGUUAUGGACUGGAGAGUUAAACCUGACUCUCAAGCCUUGGUUGUUCGGAUACAACAGCCACGUCUGCUAGUUGUUCUGGAUUUUUUACUUGCAGUAGGGGAAUACUUUGUGCCAUCACUAGGUGCUAUCACUGGAAGAGAGGAAGCAAUGUAUGUGGAAAAUGAUCCGGUAACCAGGUGUGAUCAUAUUCGUCUUAACUCAUCUCUCCAUGAGCAGAAAGAAGAUGUUGUAUUUUUGUCUCCAGAUCGACAACUAAUUGCAGAUGCCUAUGAUGUGGAUGAGUUUACAUAUGAUGGUUGUGGCAAAACAAUCUGCCUGAUUGAGAAGAAUCAUUUGAAAGGAAACUCUUGUCUAAGCUUUCGUCCCUUCAUAAUAGUUGGGUAUGGAAAAAAGCUUUGUUUCAAGAACGUAAAAAUUGAGAAUGGCUUACAACUUGGAGAGUGCAUAUAUUUGAGCAGCAAUAGCAGUUAUUCUGCCUCUGGAGAAGAUGGUGUUAUAUUCGAUGUUCACGACAACGAUAGACAGGAAGAAAAUUAUUCUGGUUAUGAGACUACAAAGGAGGAAGUCCAGCAUUUGUCACUUGUUUCAGAGAAACAUGGAAAUGAUUAUAAUGAAACAAACAACUUUAUCAUUGAAAUUCAGGCAGUAGCUCCAGAGCUAACCUUCUAUGACAGCACCAAAUGGUCUUCAGAGAUUAUUUUGACUAGAGAGAAGUUGCUGCGUGCCAAAAUGGAUUUCAAUUUAAUGUAUGCUGCAAAGGAAAGUGAUAGAUGGGUUCGUGGACUUGUCAAAGGGCUUACAGUUGAAAGUGGUUCAGGUCUUGCUAUGCUUGAUCCAGUAGACAUAUCCGGCGAAUAUUCUUGUGUUCAGGAUAAGACUAGUAUUUCGGUCAUAACAACAGAUAUCUACAUUCAUCUUUCCUUCAGUAUUUUGCGCCUUUUACAACGGUUGCAAGAUGAGGCUGUGGCAGCAUUACAAUUUGGAAGUGCAAAUGUUAUAUCCUCUUGCACUCAUUUUAAUAGAAUAUGGGUAGACAGAACAGGAAAUGGUUCUAACCAGCACAUCGCUAUUUGGAGACCCCGUCCUCCUUCUAAUUAUGUUAUUCUAGGUGAUUGUGUCACAUCAGGAUCUGUGCCUCCAUCACAAGCUGUAAUGGCAGUCAGUAAUACUUAUGGCCGGGUGAAAAAACCUCUUGGCUUCAAGUUAAUUUGGACACUUAAUAGUACAGUGGGGUUGGAACCUGAGUUGCAGGAGCCUGAUGGAGAGUCAGGAUGUUCUAUAUGGAUACCUAUUGCACCUUCAGGGUAUUCUGCGCUUGGUUGUGUGGCGCAAAUUGGCAAAGCCCCUCCAUCAAAUAGUGUUGUUUAUUGCAUUCGAUCUGAUCUUUUAACUUCCACUAUGUAUUCUGACUGUAUAUAUUAUAUUCCCCCUGAUUCUAGGAACCAAAAUGGCUUCAGCAUUUGGCGGGUAGAAAAUGCAUUUGGGUCUUUCCUUGCACUUACAUCAGUAGAGCCUCCUUCCAAGUCUAUUGUGUGUGAUCUGCGUGAGACACUGCGUCGAAAUUACAAUGAACGUGGUUUGCAUUCCAAAAUAUCAACUUCUGAUACCAGUUCAGAAUCUAAUGUUGGAAACAACCUUAACUUAGAUGGUAAACCAAGCACAUCUCGAUCAGAAGGAACAGUUUCUAUGGCAAGAUUGGCCCGCUACUAUAUCUCAACUCCAAAGUUUGAACUAAUAUGGUGGGACAAGGGCAGUGAAACCAGGCGUGCUGUUUCCAUAUGGCGACCCAUACCACCUCCUGGUUAUGCUUUUGUUGGUGACAGUAUAGUUGAAGGAUUGGACCCACCAGGAUUGGGUGUAGUUCUACGGGAUGAUGAUUCUAGACGUCUUGGAAAGCCUACUGGCUUUAAGAAAUUACAGAUGUCAGGGAAGAAUGUUGAUGAUCUUUUUAUUUGGAUUCCAAUUGCUCCUCCUGGUUAUGUAAGUUUAGGUUGUAUAGCAUCAAGAUUAGGGACUUCUGCUCCUGCAGAUUCUUUCCGUUGUGUACGAAUGGACCUUGUAAACCAGGCAAAUAUGUCCAAGAAAGCUGUUUGGAGCUUUUCAGGUCUCAAGGGAUCACGUGAUUGCAGUUUAUGGAGAGUUGAAAAUCAGGCCAGUACAUUUAUUGCACAGCCUGAACUGAAGAGACCACCUAGUCGUAUGGCAUAUAGUCUUGUUGAGGCUGGGAAACCAAAAUUGCGUGAAAACUUUAAUGCUGAAGCAAAGAUCGGUUGUUUAUCACUGUCACUUAUAGAUAAUCUAUAUGGAAUGAUGACACCUCUUGUGGAUAGUACAAUGACAAAUAUAAGCCUUGCUGCACAUGGUCGACUGGAGGCAUUAAAUGUGGUACUAGUUUCAUCAGUGGCUGCGUCAAGUUUCAAUCCUCAGCUGGAAGUAUGGGAACCACUGAUUGAACCAUUUGAUGGGAUUUUCAAGUAUGAAGCAUAUGCUGCCAAUCCUGAUUUGCCACUGAGAGUUGGCAAGCGUAUUCGAAUAACAGCAACAAAUGUAGUCAACUUGAACAUUACCUCAGCAAAUGUGGAAACAUUGAUCAGCUCAAUUCUUUCGUGGAGGAAACAAGUGGAGCAUGAACAACAGGCACGGAUUGUAAAGGAGCUUGAAAAGGAAGCAAACAACAGUGCAGAAUCUCUACCAAGCCCAAACUCAUCUGCUUUAGAAGAAGAUAACUGUGAGAAAGUGAUUAUAGAAAAUCAACUUGGAUGUGAUUUGUAUCUCAGACAGUACACAAGCAAUUUUCAAGACUUGGAGCUAUUGAAGCCUGAUAGAAGUUCUUUGGUGCACCUUCCACCAUUAAAAUUUACUGAUAGAUUGAAUGCUGUGACAGAGACAAAUGCUUCUCGUCGUUAUGUUGCUGUCCACAUUUUGGAGGCCAAAGAGUUGCCUUUGACUGAUGCUGGCAAUGCAUACAAUUUCUUUUGUGUGCUCCGUUUAGUUACAACAAAGCAAACACCAGAGGAUCAAAGUCCUUUUCCUCAGAGUGCACGGUCUAGAUGUGUUAAACCGUUAAGUUUGAAAAGAAAUGAUUAUUUAGUGGGUGCUGUGAACUGGAAUGAAGUGUUUAUAUUUGAAGUUCCUAAUCAGGGUUUGACAAGCUUGGAGGUUGUAGUCACAAAUCUUGCAGCCAAAGCUGGUAAAGGUGAAGCUGUUGGAAUGUUUACUAUUCCUAUAAAAGGUGAUUUGGAUUUCUCAAAUUCCCAACCUUCCCUUCCAAGCAUCAUGCAAAAAUCAUCUGGUAAAAGCUUCUGCACAGUUGGUUUGCAACCAUUGAAGAGAAAGGGACUAAAUAAUCACGAAGAUGAAAAUUCAUAUUGUGGAUCAAUAUCCCUAAAUACUUUCUACUUCAUCCCAAAAGGGAAUAGAACUACGAGAGGGGAAUCUGAAAAUAGAUUUAACAGUGGUGAAGUGGGUUUGUGGAUUGGGCUUAGUCGUGAUGGUCCUUGGACAAGUUUUCGUUCUAUAUUGCCUUUAUCAACAAUACCCAAACAGCUUAAUGAAACAUUUGGUUUUGAAGUUGUUAUGAAGCAGGGUCAGAAACAUGCUAUAUUGCGUAGUCUUGUUACUAUUGUAAAUGAUACAGACAUUUCAAUCCAAGUCUGUGUAUGCCCCCAUUCUUUGCUAAAUAGCCCUGAUGUUCGACCAAAUUCUGAUACUAGACCUGCUGUGAUAACUGAAGAGAUAUUUGAGAACCAGCGCUACAAUCCACUCUCAGGAUGGGGUAAUAAAUGGAACAGUUUUGGCGCAUCAACUGAUCCAGGACGCUGGAGUACCAAUGACUACUCCUAUUCCUCUAAGGACUUUUUUGAACCCCCUCUUCCGUCAGGUUGGGAAUGGACAUCAAACUGGGGUGUAGACAAGUCUCAGUUUGUUGAUAGUGAUGGGUGGGCCUAUGGAUCUGAUUUUCAAAGCUUAAAAUGGCCCCUUACGUCUGUGAAAACUUGCAAGCGAUCAACAUUUGACUUUGCAAGACGACGCCGUUGGGUACAGACUCGGAAGCAGUUACCUGGGAGUAAAGCAAGGCAUUCAAGGGAAGUGAUCACUGUAUUAAAACCAGGGUGUUCUGUUCCAUUGCCUUGGCAUUACACUGCAAAAGAUUUGGAUUUCUGUGUACAGGUACGUCCUUUUUCAGUGUCUGCACAGACAUCCUACUUAUGGGGACGGGCAAUUUCUACCAGAAGCUCUAGUAGUACAUCUGGAAGUGAUCAGAAUAAGAGUGGGGCGGCAGUUUCACUCUUUAAGUUGAGUCAGCUUGAAAAAAUAGAAGAAGCACUUGUCUGUCUCCCAGAAUCUGGUUUAAAGCAGUAUGUUUGGCUGAGCAUGGAAACAGAUGCCAAUAUUCUGUAUUCACAACUCAAUUCUCCUGUUUAUGAUUGGACAAUAUCAGUCAAAGCACCUCUCAAAUUAGAGAAUAGGCUUCCCUGCAAUGCGGAAUUUAUUGUGUGGGAGAAAGCUAAUGAUGGAGGUAAAGUGAAGCGCCAGCACGGUCUUAUUUCACCAGAGAGUUCUACACAGAUUUAUUCAGUAGAUAUCCGCAAGCCUAUUUAUCUAACCUGUCUAGCUCAAGGAGGAUGGGAACUAGAAAAGGAGGCUGUCCUUAUUUGUGACCCUUCAUUAGAUACAGCUCCUCCUUGUUUUUGGAUGCUUCACCGACAAAGUAAGAGGAAACUGCAAGUCAGCUUGGAGCGUGACUUUGGAGAAACAAAUGCUGCAGCCAAGUCUGUCCGGUUGUUUGUACCAUACUGGGUUUGUAAUGAUGCUUCCUUGCCCUUGGCAUAUCGUCUAGUUGAGAUUGAACCAUCAGAUAGUUCAGAGGCAGAUACUUUCUUGAUUCCACGGGCUAUUAAAGCAGGAAAGCAAGCAUCAGAUAAUCCAUCUAAAACGAUAAGAAAGAGAAAAACAAGCCUACAUAAAGUUGUCCAAAUUCUUGAAGAACUUGAGGAUUUGAACGGUAUGCCAGUAAUGCUUUCACCACAGACAUAUUCCCAUCGUUCUGGAUUCUUACCUUUCUCACCUCGAGAUGAGAAAAAUCUAUUGUCACCACGAUUGGGUAUUUCAGUGGCCAUCUUAAAAAGUAACAGUUACAGCCUUGGCAUUUCAUUAAGUGAUUUUGAGGACAAGGAACGAGUUGAUGUGAACGCAGCUAAUUCAAAUGGGGAAUAUUAUAAACUCUCAGCUUUCCUGGACAUGGCAUCAGAGAGAACUAAGGUGGUACAUUUUCAGCCCCACACGUUGUUUGUUAAUAGAACUGGAUACCGACUCCUUUUGCAGCAAUGUGGGAUUGGUCAUAUAGAAUGGAUUUAUCCCACAGAUCCUCCAAAAAAUUUUUUGUGGCAAUCUGUAUUUGGAAAGGAACAGCUACAGAUUUCCAUAGAUGGAUACAAGUGGAGUCACCCUUUCAGCAUUGAUGGUGAAGGAAUAUUGCAUAUCAGCUUGAGAAGUGAGGAGAGAAACCAGUUAUAUCUUAGAGUGGAAAUUCAAAAUGGAGUCAAAGAUUCCCGAUUUCUAGUUGUUUUUCGACAUGCUUCUGUUUCAAGUUCUUACAGGAUUGAAAAUCGGUCUGCUGUUUUGCCUAUUCGUUUUCGACAAGUUGGUGGAGAUGAUAAUUCGUGGCAGUUCCUUCAGCCCAGCUCUGCCAUAUCAUAUGCCUGGGAAGAUCUUCAUAGAGAAAGGUUAUUAGAAGUUCUGGUGGAUGGGGCUGAUCCAAGAAAGUCUUGCAAAUAUAACAUUGAUGAAGUAGCUGACCAUCAACCUAUGGCCACUGAAAGUGGGCCUGUGACAGCACUUCAUGUAACAGUUUUGAAAGAAGGCACCACCAGAGUGGUAAAAGUAGCUGAUUGGAUGCCAAGCAAUGAAAAUUUGGCAAUUGUACCUGUUGGUGUGCCCAUAUCAUUGCCUUCAUCUGAACAGAACACUCCAAUUGUGGGCUCUGAUAACCAGUUCCAUAUCAUUAUUGAGCUUUCAGAGUUUGGGCUGUCUGUUGUUGAUCAUACUCCAGAAGAACUACUUUAUUUGUCUGUUCAGAAUCUCAUCAUGUCAUAUGCCACUGGUCUGGGUUCAGGAAUUAGCCGGUUCAAAUUACGAUUGGACGGACUUCAAGUUGAUAAUCAACUACCAUUAACACCAAUGGCAGUUUUAUUUAGACCACAAAUUGCCACCAACCAGCUUGAGUUUCUACUGAAGUUCACAAUUGUGAUGCAAGAUCAUGGGUCACCAGAUAAUUAUGUGUACCCCUACUUUGGUUUACAGGGUCCAAGCUCACAGAAUGUCUUAUUUAUGGUUAAAAUUCAUGAACCAUUUAUCUGGCGACUCCAUGAGAUGUUCCAGAAACUAAAUGUUGGGAGACUAAACAGCAGCCAGACAACUGAUGUGGCGGUCGAUCCUAUUAUACGAAUAGGUCUUCUGAAUAUGCCUGAGAUCCGAUUCAAAGUAUCAUUGGCAAUGUCACCAACACAAAGGCCAAGAGGAGUUCUUGGCUUCUGGGCUUCUUUGAUGACUGCCUUGGGCAACACUGAAAACAUGCCAGUUCGAAUUGCAGCUCAUGUACAUGAGGAUAUUUGUAUGCGUCAGAGUGAGUUGCUUGCUGCAGCUAUAUCAAAUGUCCGCAAAGAUCUUCUUAGUCAGCCCCUUCAAUUGAUCUAUGGUGUCGAUAUUCUUGGAAAUGCAAGCAGUGCUCUUGGGCAUAUGAGCAAAGGUGUUGCUGCAUUGUCAAUGGAUAAGAAGUUUAUACAAAGUCGACAGAGACAGGAUAGCAAAGGAUCAGUUGAAGACAUUGGUGAUGUUAUUCGAGAAGGUGGUGGGGCUUUUGCCAAAGGACUAAUUCGUGGGGUUACAGGCAUUGUGACAAAGCCACUUGAAGGUGCUAAAUCUUCUGGUGUUGAGGGUUUUGUUCAGGGUGUUGGGAAAGGAAUAAUUGGAGUAGCAGCCCAGCCAAUGAGUGGGGUUCUUGACCUUCUGUCAAAAACAACGGAAGGUGCAAAUGCAAUGAGGAUGAAAAUUGCUGCAGCGAUAACUUCUGAAGAGCAACUCCUUCGGCGCCGACUACCUCGAGCAAUUAGUGGGGACAAUGUCCUGCGGCCAUAUGAUGAGUAUAAAGCUCAAGGCCAGGUUCUGCUGCAACUUGCUGAGCGUGGUGCCUUGUUUGGGCAAAUAGAUUUUUUCAAAGUCCGAGGCAAGUUUGCCUUUUCGGAUGCAUAUGAAGAUCAUUAUAACCUUCCAAAAGGAAGAACUGCUAUAAUUACUCAUCGGCGAGUAAUGUUGUUACAAAGUCCAACCUCCGUUGUACAGAGAAAAUCUGACCCCUCAAGAGAGCCUUGUACUAUAGUAUGGGAUGUAGUAUGGGAUGAUUUGGUGUCAGUGGAAUUAAGGAAUGGAAAAAAGGAUCCACCUGGUUAUCAACCUUCUCGGGUGAUCCUUAAUUUACGUCAUUCAUCUCAGGAUUCUAGAAUAUUUGAAUCCAAAGAAACCAUGCGUGUUAUCAAAUGCCAUCGUGAAUCCCGGCAGGCUGAAGAAAUACAUAAUGCAAUUCAGCAAGCUAGAAAUACUUAUCGGUCCAAUCGUUCGGGGAUUCAGUCUCAGGUACUGGAGAAGAAAAAGGUAAGGAAACCAUAUGCAGGUGUCAGUGCUGGUGCAGGGACUGGAGCAUCAUUUGGAUUUUUUACAGGAAUGGUAGCACCAAUUACUAUUCCUGUCACAACAACUUUUGGUACUCUUUUAGGAACUGUUGCAGGACAAUCUAUAUUUGGCAGAGGUCCAGAUUCACUGUCAAACCAUGAUACAAGACAUGCUCAACAGAAAGACAUGGAGUACACUUUAGCUUUACCAAGUUCUUCGUACAGCAAUUCUGCCAGUGGAAAGUUUAUAAACCAGCUAACUCUUGUUUGGUCUGACAAGAAAUUGUACUGGAAUAGAAAUUAUCAGAUUUCAGUAUGGCGUCCGAUUUGUCCAAAUGGAUAUAUUUCAGUGGGAGAUAUUGUUCAGCGCUCUUAUAAUCCACCAGCGAGUGUUAUGGUGUAUGCAAACAGGUCUGAUGGAAGGUUUAUUCAGCCUGUGGGCUUUGAUUUGAUUUGGCGUAAUACAGACAGUGGAACAAGAGACACAUUGGCAAUUUGGAUACCGCAUCCUCCACCUGGCUAUGUAGCUAUUGGCUGUGUUGUUAUUCCAGAUUACUAUGAGCCAGACCCAUGUUUAGCUUACUGUGUUAGGGAAGAUUGUGUGAAAAAUGUUGAUUUUGAAAAGCAGCCUCUGCUGAGAGACCAUAGAGAUGGCGACCUUUGGGAAUGUAGUAUUUGGAGAGUCCAAAAUGAUGCACAUACAUUUAUCGCUCGCAGGGACCAUCAAGCACCCUCACAGAACAUUGCCUAUUCUGUACUAACAUAGUCUUGGUAUUUUCCAUGUAUCAUUUGAAAAACAGUAUUUGAAAUGUAGCAUCUCCCUAACUAGAGGAUGUCCUAUAUUCUUAAGCUUGGUCUGAGAAUAUGUUCAUUCGAUUAAUCGCAACAAACACCUGAUUGUGGUGAGGUGCUCCCUCCGAUUGUUUAUCUUGUAUUACAAGGAACUCCACCAAUUAAAAUUUGUACAGUGGCGAGAGUUAACUAACUAUUCUUAAAUGUCAAUUGGGCAGUUUUAUUUAGAAUCUA